CACCUCUUCCUCGGUGCGGCGCUCCUCCAGCAGCCAGGCAGCAUGGCGGCCGUGGAGACGCGAGUGUGUGAGACGGACGGCUGCAGCAGCGAGGCCAAGCUCCAGUGUCCCACCUGCAUCAAGCUGGGCAUCCAGGGCUCGUACUUCUGCUCGCAGGAAUGUUUUAAAGGAAGUUGGGCUACUCACAAGUUACUACAUAAGAAAGCAAAAGACGAACGGGCCAAGCGGGAAGUGUCUUCCUGGACGGUAGAAGGUGAUAUUAACACUGACCCAUGGGCAGGUUAUCGAUAUACUGGUAAACUCAGACCACAUUAUCCACUGAUGCCAACAAGGCCAGUGCCAAGUUAUAUUCAAAGACCAGAUUAUGCUGAUCACCCUUUAGGAAUGUCUGAAUCUGAACAGGCUCUUAAAGGCACUUCUCAAAUUAAAUUGCUGUCGUCUGAAGAUAUAGAAGGGAUGCGAGUCGUGUGUAGGCUUGCUAGGGAAGUGUUGGACAUCGCUGCUGGGAUGAUUAAACCGGGUGUGACUACUGAGGAAAUAGAUCAUGCUGUACACUUAGCAUGCAUUGCAAGAAAUUGCUAUCCUUCUCCCCUGAAUUAUUAUAAUUUCCCAAAGUCUUGUUGUACUUCAGUGAAUGAAGUGAUCUGCCAUGGGAUUCCAGACAGACGGCCCUUGCAAGAAGGUGAUAUUGUUAACGUGGACAUCACUCUUUAUCGCAGUGGUUAUCACGGGGACCUGAAUGAGACAUUUUUUGUUGGAGAUGUGGAUGAGGGAGCACGGAAACUGGUUCAGACCACGUAUGAGUGCCUGAUGCAAGCCAUCGAUGCAGUGAAACCUGGCGUUCGAUACAGAGAAUUGGGAAACAUUAUUCAGAAGCAUGCCCAAGCAAAUGGGUUUUCAGUUGUUCGAAGCUAUUGUGGACAUGGAAUCCACAAGCUUUUUCAUACAGCCCCCAAUGUUCCCCACUAUGCCAAAAAUAAAGCAGUUGGAGUGAUGAAGGCGGGCCACGUAUUUACAAUUGAGCCAAUGAUUUGUGAAGGUGGAUGGCAGGAUGAGACCUGGCCGGAUGGCUGGACCGCGGUGACACGAGACGGAAAGCGAUCUGCUCAGUUUGAGCACACGCUGCUGGUCACAGACACUGGCUGUGAGGUCCUGACCCGGCGACUCGAGAGCACGCGGCCUCACUUCAUGUCCCAGUUUUAACGUCUCCGAGAGGGUGUGUCUCAGUAAUGCCUUCUGGCUGUGCUGUCAUUUCACGGAGAGUACAGAGUGGAAGAGGACGUUUUUUAUUACUUGUUUUGACUGUAGAUAAGGAAGGACUACAGCAUUUGAUGUGUGUCCUCCAGAACUUAUCUUGGGUCUGAAAAAGCUGAGAAGAAUAAAGUAAACAUUUCUUAACUCCUUUCAGUGCCUCCCUCUCCCCCCCGAAUCUCUGUGCCCCUGUUUUCUCAGUUACCCUUUGAGCACUUUUACGUAAACCUGCUUCUGGUUGUUUCUAUCACUGCCAUGACUGGGCUGUCAAGAGCCGGCUGAUUGUUGAAGAUGAGAAGCCUUGAAACUUUAGCAACAUACGUUGCUCCCGAUUUUUUUAUUAUAUAUGUAUGGAAAUAUAUAUAUACACAUUUUAAAUUCCAUAUAUGUAAUUAGCAAACACUAUGUGAGUUGGGGUUUGUGUGGCUUCUGCUCUGACAGGGUUCUCCACUGUCGUGAGUGGACCCAGAGUCUGCAGGGAUUUAACUCCCAGUGGGGAAUUGGCUCCCUCCUGCCUCACGCUCAUAAACACCUUUCUACUUGUGUGUAGGGAAGCCCUGGGUCAGUGAGACUCUUUCCAGUGUGGACUCUUGUCAGUGAGUGCACGUGGCAAAAUUCACUGUGGAAAAAGGUGGUCAGGUUUUAAAAAAUCUAGUUUGUGGCAAAAAUAGCCGUAUGCUAAUGCUCCAGGUGGUUGCUGGCUGUUGCAGAGCAUGAGAAUUUCGUAAUAUGUUGGUAUUUCAGACCUUUAUUUGGUCAAAAUGGGAGGGAAAAGCUGCCCUUCUUCCCCGCUCUGUUUUAUUUCCAGGGCAUACCUUGGAGAUAUUCAGAGAAGGGUGGAGGUUGCACCGUGGAGGCUGAAGGGGAAACACAGUUCUGAGAUCUCGCACAGUGAGCAGAGGCGGUCAGGUGGGCUGUGAGACUGGACUCUGAGUAAACCUGGUAGUGAUGAGAAGGACUUUCAUUGAAGACUGGACUGUCCCUUGCAGUAGAGAUGCAGUGUCCUUGGUGUCCUGAAAACACACUUCACCUUUACAUAGUUUGGGAACCUCAUUUGUAAUGACCUCAGCUGCCCGAUAUCUAUCUAUGUUCCUUUCAGUAGUUUAGUCCAAAUGGGAGUGUAUCCAGUGAAGACAUAUCAGAUCAAAGUCAUUGUCAUUAGAGUGUACUUGAUAACUGGGUAUCUGAUACCUUUCUUAUAAGAUAAUUUGAUACCACUGACAUGUUAUACUUGUAUGAGAACAUCUUUCCCAGAGUGCCUCAGACCUUUAUUGCUUUAAAAGAAUUAUGAUAAUGUUUUCAUUACUUUUAUUAUUUUAAUGAUUUAGUAAAGUGACUGAAUCUGGUAUAGACUUUUGGGGGUAUGUGUGUGAAAUUUUUUAUCAAACUGUAAUAUUUGUGAAUGCAAUGCCUUGCAACAUGAAUGUUAAUAUAAUAAGUGAAGGGAGAUUAAAAAGUUUGAAUGAU